UGGGAUUAUACAGUGAGAGGACAUCUUUCUCUAGGAUCAGGAGCUUGUCUCAGGUGAAGGAAUCAGGAUGGCGGCCAACGGAGAUGCAGCCAAGCCGGUCAUCAUGAAUGAAGAGGAGCUGAAGAGGAAGCAAAGGGAGAAGUUGAAGAAGCUACAGGCCACGGGGGGAAACCCACGACCUGCAAGAACCCUCUUCCUCUUCACCCUCAAAAAUCACUUCCGCAAGGCCUGCAUCAACAUUGUGGAGUGGAAAACCUUUGAGAUCAUCAUCUUAUUAACCAUCUUUGCAAACUGCAUAGCUCUGGCUGUGUUCCUACCAAUGCCCGAAGAAGAUACCAAUAACACCAAUUCAAGCUUGGAGAGUCUGGAAUAUAUCUUCAUGAUUGUCUUCACAUUAGAGUGCUUUCUGAAGAUAGUGGCGUAUGGGUUGUUCUUCCAUGAAGGCGCCUAUUUAAGGAACUGUUGGAACAUAUUAGACUUUGUCAUCGUCUUCAUGGGUCUCUUUACAUUUGCCUUGGAUACCAUCAAUAAGAUAGCAGAUGUGCCGGUGGACAAAGGUGGUGGGUUUGACAUGAAGGCGCUGAGAGCCUUCAGAGUGCUGCGACCCCUCCGCCUUGUCUCUGGAGUUCCCAGCCUGCAGGUAGUGAUGAACUCCAUCCUCAAAGCCAUGCUGCCUCUGCUGCACAUCGCGCUGCUGGUCUUUUUAUUGGUCACUAUUUAUGCCAUCAUGGGAUUGGAACUCUUCAAGUGCAAAAUGCAUAAGACCUGCUAUUAUUCUGGCACAAAUAUCUAUUCUACAGCAGAAGGUGAGCUACCUGCACCCUGUGCUCAGGCUGGUAACGGACGCCGCUGCAUGAUCAACGGCUCUGAGUGUCGGCCAGGCUGGGAAGGUCCCAACAAUGGCAUCACCCACUUCGAUAACAUUGGCUUUGCUAUGCUUACUGUCUACCAGUGUAUUACCAUGGAGGGAUGGACCAAAGUGCUCUACUGGGUUAAUGAUGCCAUAGGAAAUGAAUGGCCCUGGCUUUAUUUUGUUCCCCUCAUUCUUCUGGGUUCCUUCUUUAUGCUCAAUCUGGUUCUUGGCGUGCUCAGCGGAGAGUUUACCAAAGAGAGAGAGAAGGCCAGGUCACGUGGAGAGUUUCAGAAGUUGCGAGAGCGCCAGCAGCUGGAUGAGGACCUUCAUGGCUACAUGGAGUGGAUCACUCACGCCGAAGUCCUUGAUGCUGACAGAGAGGGCAAAGGACUCCUGCCUUUGACCAGUGGAGAUUCAGACACAGACAGCCUGUAUGACAUGGAAGGCAAGAGUCAGAUUGUGUACUACUAUCGCCUGGCCCGUCGCUGGAACCGGUUCUUCAGAAUGAAGUGCCUGGUCUAUGUGAAAACUAAGGCUUUUUACUGGCUGGUGAUGUUCCUCGUCUUCCUCAACACCCUAACCAUAGCAACAGAGCACCACCACCAGUCUGAAUCGCUCACUUCCUUACAAGAUGUGGCCAGCCGUGUACUGCUGGUGCUAUUUGUCAUAGAGAUGUUUGUGAAGAUGUAUGCUCUGGGUCCCAGAGCGUAUUUCAUGUCGCUGUUCAACCGUUUUGACUUCUUUGUGGUGCUGUGUGGUAUCCUGGAGAUGAUCAUGUUGUCCACGGGUGUCGUGACUCCUCUGGGUUUCUCUGUACUCAGGUGUAUUCGCCUGCUGAGGUUCCUUAAAGUCACAAAGUAUUGGACCUCUCUGAGUAAUCUUGUGGCCUCUCUCCUGAAUUCUGUCCGCUCCAUUGCCUCCCUACUCCUUCUUCUCUUCCUCUUUAUCGUCAUCUUUUCACUGCUGGGCAUGCAGGUGUUUGGGGGGAAAUUCAUUUUUUCUGGAUCCAGACCCCGGCGCAGUAACUUUGACAACUUCCCUCAAGCCCUCAUCAGUGUAUUCCAGAUCUUAACAGGAGAGGAAUGGACUUCCAUCAUGUACAACGGCAUUAUGGCCUAUGGAGGGCCUGUCAUCCCUGGCAUCCUGGUUGCCAUCUACUUCAUUGUCCUCUUUGUCUGUGGAAACUAUAUCCUUCUCAAUGUCUUCUUGGCCAUUGCUGUCGACAACCUCGCAGAGGCUGAGAGUCUGACUUCAGCUCAGAAAGAGAAGGCAGAGGAGAAGUUGAGGAGGAAGCUACUAAGGUCAAAAAUGCCAGACAAGACUGAUGAGGAGAGGGAGCGGUUGGCUAAAAAACUGGCAGACCAGAGGGCCAAGAUAGAGGGCAUGCCCACCACAGCCAAGCUCAAAGUUGAUGAGUUUGAGUCCAAUGUCAAUGAAGUGAAAGAUCCAUUCCCACCUGCCGACUUCCCAGGUGACGAUGAAGAGGAAGAGCCUGAAAUUCCCAUCAGCCCUCGCCCCCGACCAAUGGCCGACCUGCAGCUGAAAGAGGAAGCUGUUCCGUUGCCUGAAGCCAGCUCCUUUUUCGUCUUUGGCCCUCAGAACAAGUUCCGUAAACUGUGCUACAAGAUCAUCAAUGCCUCGUCCUUCACCAACUUAAUCCUCCUGUUUAUCCUCCUCUCCUCCAUCUCCCUGGCAGCUGAAGACCCCAUUGAUCCCAAGUCCUAUAGAAACCAGAUCUUGGCAUAUGCUGAUAUUGUCUUCACAACUGUGUUCACUAUUGAGAUUGUACUGAAGAUGACAGUAUAUGGUGCAUUCAUGCACGAGGGCUCCUUCUGUCGCAACUCCUUCAAUAUUCUGGAUCUGAUUGUGGUGACUGUCUCCCUGCUUUCUAUGGGAAUGGAAUCGAGUGCCAUCUCUGUGGUGAAGAUUCUCAGGGUGCUUAGGGUGCUGAGGCCUCUCAGGGCUAUCAACAGAGCUAAAGGAUUAAAGCAUGUAGUCCAGUGUGUGUUUGUGGCCAUCAAAACCAUCGGCAACAUCGUCCUGGUCACGAUGCUGCUGAAUUUCAUUUUUGCCUGUAUAGGAGUACAACUUUUCAAGGGUAAAUUCUACAGCUGCACAGACCCAGUCAAAAUGACUGCGGAGGAAUGCCAGGGAUCCUUCGUGAAGUACAUGGAGAAUUCGCUAGAAGACACAGUGGUGGCUAAGAGAGAAUGGAUCAAUAGUGACUUUAACUUUGACAACGUGCUCUACGGCAUGCUGGCUCUAUUCACUGUUUCAACAUUUGAGGGCUGGCCAAAACUGUUAUACAGAGCCAUAGAUUCAGACAAAGAAGACAUGGGCCCUGUCUUCAACAAUCGUGUGGACGUUUCCAUCUUCUUCAUCGUCUACAUCAUCCUCAUUGCCUUCUUCAUGAUGAAUAUCUUCGUGGGCUUUGUCAUUGUCACUUUCCAGGAGCAGGGCGAGCAGGAGUAUAAGGACUGUGAGCUGGACAAGAACCAGCGUCAGUGUGUGCAGUACGCCCUGAAGGCUCGUCCUCUGAGGUGCUACAUCCCCAAAAACCCCUACCAGUACAGGGUGUGGUAUAUAGUCACCUCCUGCUACUUUGAGUACCUCAUGUUCUUCCUAAUUAUGCUCAACACCUUGUGUCUGGGGAUGCAGCACUGUAACCAGUCAGACCAUGUGACCAAACUGUCAGACACUCUGAACUUGAUCUUCACUGUGCUUUUCACUGUGGAGAUGAUUCUCAAGCUCAUGGCCUUCAAAGCGAGGGGCUACUUUGGAGACCCCUGGAACGUGUUUGACUUCAUCAUUGUCAUCGGUAGCGUUGUUGAUGUCAUCCUGAGUGAAGUCGAUACUGCCCUGGCCUCCAGUGGAGGACUGUACUGUCUCCAUGGCUGCGCUGAGACAAAUCCCAUGCAAGUUAUUGCGUCCUCUGAAAAUGCCUCAGUUUCCAUCACGUUCUUCCGACUCUUCCGUGUCAUGCGUCUUGUCAAGCUGCUGAACCGUUCGGAGGGCAUCCGUAACCUGUUGUGGACCUUCAUCAAGUCUUUCCAGGCUCUCCCUCAUGUAGCUCUGCUCAUCGUGAUGCUCUUCUUUAUCUACGCUGUCAUAGGGAUGCAGAUCUUCGGGAAGGUAGCCUUAGUGGACGGCUCCCAAAUCAACCGCAACAACAACUUCCAGACAUUCCCUCAGGCUGUUCUCAUGUUAUUCCGAUGUGCUACUGGAGAGGCUUGGCAGGAGGUCAUGAUGGCUUCUAUGUAUGGGAAGAAGUGUGACCCCAAGUCCGACUUCCUGCCAGGAGAGGAGUACACCUGCGGAUCCAACUUUGCUGUCUUCUACUUCCUCAGCUUCUACUGUCUCUGUGCCUUCCUGAUCCUCAACCUGUUCGUAGCUGUCAUUAUGGACAACUUCGACUACCUGACCCGUGAUUGGUCUCUCCUUGGUCCACACCAUCUGGACGAGUUUAAGAAGAUCUGGGCUGAAUAUGACCCAGAAGCCACGGGGAGAAUUAAACAUCUGGAUGUGGUGACACUGCUGCGACGCAUCCAGCCUCCACUGGGCUUUGGCAAGUUCUGUCCUCAUCGUGCUGCAUGCAAGCGCUUGGUUGGCAUGAACAUGCCUCUCAACAGCGAUGGCACCGUCACCUUCAAUGCCACCCUGUUUGCUUUGGUCAGAACUGCACUCAAGAUCAAAACAGAAGGUGACUUUGAGCAGGCCAACGAGGAGCUGAGAGCCAUUAUAAAGCAAAUCUGGAAACGCACCAGUAUGAAACUGUUAGAUCAGGUCAUCCCCCCAAUAGGAGAUGAUGAGGUGACUGUGGGGAAAUUCUACGCCACCUUCCUGCUCCAGGACCAUUUCCGUAAAUUCUUGAAGCGCCAGGAGGAGUAUUAUGGCUACAGGCCUACUAAGAAGAACGCAUCAGGCCCAGAGAUCCAGGCGGGUUUGAGGAAUAUAGAGGAAGAGGCAGCUCCAGAGAUGCACAGGGCCAUUUCAGGAGACCUGCAGAAUGAGGAGGAGAUGGACAGAGCUAUGGAGGAAGCUGGAGAAGAGGCCAUUUUCCAGCGUACACACGGUCUGUUCGGGAACCGGGUGGAUUCAUUCUCCGCUGAGCCCACCAAUGGUCAGUCCCCACAUAUGACCAACCAGCGUCCCCUCAAGUUCUCAGAGAGCCAGCCUGAUUCCCCACCAAACUCCUCAGCCUUGGUGCCCACUACCGAGUUUUUCCCCACAUCUGCACCAAGGAGCAACACUAACAACAAUGCCUUUGCAUUUUCAUUUGAAAGAGAAGGCAGUCCUGAAGACCUUUACAAUCCCAAUGAGGAUGCAAAGCCAGACAACCGACACUCUUGGAACUUCACAGUAAGGACUUACAAAACAAAGUUUCCUUAUGACCCCAAUUAUGGUGAUAGUCGGAGUCAGAGCUCCCACACUGCAGCUGACCAGCUUGUCCAGGAGGCUCUAAUAGAAGGUGGUCUGGCCUCUCUAGCCAGAGACUCGGGAUUUGUAUCUGUGGCUAAGAGGGAGAUGGCUGGUGCCAUGCACACAACCCUAAAUGAGAUGGAGGGCGUGGCUCAGGGUAUCCUCAAGGAACGCUCCGGCUCCGUCACCUCCAACAGAAAGAGACGCCCCAUCCCUGUCCCUCCUCUUGCCCCUGCCAUGGCAGCACAGGAAAAAGGCCAGCCAGAGGUGGCCGUGAGGAGAAAGAGACGUCCGAUUCCCAUAAUCCCCGCUCAGACAAGACAAGAGACAACUGAGGCAGACUCCAAAGUUUAGAGGCUGACACUUGAAUGGACGUGGUUAUCAUGUGAUUUUUAACACUUCUAGGUGGCUCCACCUCACUUUAUCGAGCUUGUUGCCCCUGUGACAAUCUUUAUCUACUAGCCUGGCUUAAGGUCUGAAAAGUAGGUUGGCUCAGGUUUGGUACAUUGUCAAAUGUGGUUAAAACCAAAUCAAUGUGGAACAAUAUAUCUGAUGACAAAAACAUCUUCAGAUUUAUUGAAACUAAUAAAAAUACUAACUUAUCUCA